AUGUUAGGAAAAUUGUCAGACAUUGAAGUUGGAAAAAAAUGGACUAAAACCCUAUCUGAAAUUGAAUUUGCUUUUAAUAAUUUAGUACACAUAACAACGGGAGAAAGUCCCAGUAUUUUAUUGUUUGGUAUUCCUCAACGAGGUAAAGUGCACGAUCCUAUAGCUGAAUUCUUAAUCAAUGAUGUAAAUUGCGAAAAAAGAAACUUAAAAGAGAUAAGAGAUAAGGCCAGUAAGAAAAUGAUUGAAAAACGAAAUCAGGUAAUAGCUCAAGCCAAUAAAAAGCGAAAAGGCGCAGUAGUCUAUAAAGUGGAUGACUACGUCAUGAUAAAAAAUUAUGAUAACACAGUAGGUAUUUCUCCAAAAGUAAUUCCACAGUUUAAAGGUCCUUAUCAAGUGACUAAAGUUUUACGUAAUAACAGAUAUGUUAUUGCUGAUAUACCCGGUUUUCAAGUUACUCAGAAAAAAUAUGAAGGUGUUUGGGAACCAGCAAAUAUGCGUUUAUGGCGAAAGAACAUCUCUCCAUUGAAUAACUGA